GAAAUUGAAAGUGUUAGUAGUACUGAUUCAAUUAUAAAUAGCAAUUGUAGUGACACCUCAGAAAAUAUAGAAAGAGAUCAAAAUGAUACUAUUAUAGUACCUUUUCAAGGAAGUAAUAAAAGCUCUCCAGAGAUGACACUGCCAGUAGCAAUAUACAGACCACCAUCAGGAACUACCAUACCCAUAACUCAAUCACUAUCUAACAUACCAUCUUAUGUACAACCAUGA